AUGAAAGACCCACAAAUCCUUUGGAGUAAUCUAAAGGAAAGGUAUGACCACCAAAAAACAGUAAUACUACCUAGAGCUCGUUAUGAUUGGUUGAAUUUGAGAUUGCAAGAUUUUAAAUUUGUUAGUGAGUAUAACUCAGCUAUGUUUAAAAUAACUUCUCAAUUGAAAUUAUGUGGAGAAAAUAUUACUGAUGCAGAAAUGCUUGAAAAGACAUACUCCAUUUUCCAUGCUAAUAAUAUUGUAGUGCAGACACAAUAUAGAGAAAAAGGAUUUCAAAAAUAUUCUGAAUUAAUAUAUUGUCUUCUUGUGGCCGAGCAAAAUAACGAGCUGUUAAUGAAAAAUCAUGAAUCAUGUCCUACUAGCUCUACUCCAUUCCCUGAAGCGAAUGUGACAACCCAUAACGGGAAAGAAACUAAAAACAGAGACCACGUCGGCAUUAGUGGUCGAGGUAGAGGUCGUGGCCAAUGGAGCGGCUGGGGUCGUGGACGAGGAUAUGGUAGAGGUUGUGGAGGUCAUUUCACAAACUCACAUUCCCACCAGAAUUGGGAAUGUAGGGAUGAUAAAGAGAAAAGUGAUACCAAUAUAUGUUACCGUUGUGGAGGAAAAGGCCAUUGGUCUCGGGUUUGUAGAGCUCCAAAGCAUCUUGUUGAACUUUACCAAGAAUCAUUGAAGAAAGGAAAGAAAGUUGAGGCAAACCUUGUUCUUGAAGAUGGAGAAGGUUAUAUUGAUUUUUGCAAUUGA